GGAGCCAGCGUUAGCGCUUUGGCGCGGGCAGAAAGCUGGCCACAGACGUGGGGUGUCACCACGCACGCGUGCCGGUGAAGGCAGUUUAGUAACACUGUGACCAAGCACUCCGGGACGGGGGUGCUGAGAGCCAUUGAACUAAACUGUGAAGCUUAAAUGAGCUGGAAGCCUUUCCAAGGCAAGAGGGGCUACUGCACCAUUCGUGCCUCCAGCACCAAAGCUGAGGGAAGGUUAACUGCGUUGAAUGCCUUAAAGGAUCUUAUGAACGAGGCAAAAGAGAAGAAUGAAGAUUACAAUUUUUCUCAGUUUAAUCUGAUUAUUGUUAAUCACUUGAAAAUCACUUGUCACUCCAAUUCAAGAAGUAUUUCCCUUCAAACCAAGAUCCAAGGGAAGAUUUUUUUGUGGAUUUUGGAUCCAUUCAAUUUCACUAGCCAAACAAACACCCUAUCUAUGAAUAAAAAGGAGAUGUUGGCAGAUCUAUCCUCAGACAUCAUGUUGAAAAACUUGAAAAACAAUUCAUCGCUUGAAAAGUUUUUGACAAAAGUCCACAGCAAAUACAACCUGUUAAGUGAAAAGGCAUUGAGGGUCCUACUUCCUUUUCCUUCAACGUACCUUUGUGAAAGUGGAUUUUCAGCAGUCACUGCAAUCAAGACCAAAUAUCAAAAUAGGUUAACUGUUACACCUACAUUAAAACUUUCUUUAUCAAAUCUCAUUCCAAACAUGGAUGAAAUAUGCCAUCACAUGCAAGCUCAUCCAUCCCAUUAAGAUUCAUAAUUACUGAUGUAUAUGGUUAACAAAUAUUAUUAUAGUGUUUAUUAAACUAAACUAAAAUUAUUGGCAUAAAGUUUUGGUGUAAUAUACUAAAUGUGUUAUGUUAUAAGAUAAUUGCUUUGUAUAAUUGCUAUCUCUGCUCUUUAUGUUUUUUUGUUGUUACACUUCCUUGAUAUAGUAUAUAUUUGAUGUUAUUAAAACCAGAUACAAUGUUACUUCUUUGUUUUUGUUUUUCUGACAACUUUUUUUUAUUGCCAGGUUUUGUUUGUGUAUUUGUGUGUGUAUUUGUUUAUAGUGUCAUCUGGUCAGGGUUCUUGGGGUUAUGUGAAAGUGACAAGCCUUUUUUUUCUUUUUCUUUGCUCAACA